CGACAUGUACCUAGGUGGGCACAAGCCGCACGAGCGUUGGCAAUAAAGGCACCGUGCGGCCUGUUUGUGCCUUGAAAUCAAAGAAGAAGAGGCUCGUCCCGGCAUUACAGCAGAAGAAGAAUAGGUAUUACGAGACCAGCCUUGGACUUCAAGAACGUCAUGUCUACACCAACUAUUCUCGCGCCAAUCACGCGCGCCUCACCUUCAACCAUUGUUAUCCUUGUGUUUGGUUUACCCUUGGUGCUCGGAUUGACCUACCUCUUGGUGGACUAUUGUAGGGUCCUGAAGCAAAGGCAGAAGCUACCACCGGGACCAUUCCCAUGGCCACUGGUUGGCAAUCACUACCAGAUCAAGCUUCCGCGACCAUGGCUCUACAUGGCCGACUUGAGCGAGAAGUACAACAGUCCAAUGGUCACUAUUUGGCAUGGCCACAAGCCAAACAUCAUUUGUAACAACAUCUGGACCAUAUCGGAUCUCCUUGACAAAAGAGCAAACAUUUAUUCUUCGAGGCCACACAUGGUCAUGCUUGGAGACUCUCGAAAUGCCACCGACUACGAUCAAGUAUGUCUACCCUACGGGGAUCGUUGGCGUUGGCAUCGUCGCCUAACCCAUAACGCCACCGGAUCCCAAGCCGUUCGAUCAUAUCGUCCGUUCCAGGAAAGCGAGAUUCGUGUUUUGCUACAGGAUCUCCUGCUGACCCCGGACAACUUUGUCAAAGCCAUCGAACGAUACUCUGUCUCGAUCGUUUCCUGUAUUGGAUUCGGCCGUCGAGUGGAUAAGAUGAAUGACGGCGUCGCUCAAGUCGCACUCAAAUUCAUGGAAGGGGUGGAUCUUGUCAUGCCAGGGAUGUUCAUCAUGGAAACCAUCCCGCUUCUCAUCAAGCUACCGAGAUGGAUAUACCCUGCAGCCUCCAAGGUGCUCGAAAAUGGCAAGAAGUUUCAGCGCUUCUUUACAUCUCUGUCAAGAGAAGCAUCUGUUUCUGGUCAGGAUAACUUCGCCAAGGCGCUGUUCAAGGAGAAGGAGGCGAAUGGGCUUCGCGACGAGGAGAUCUCCUUUUUGACAGGGAACAUGAUUGGAGGUGGCGUCGAUACCACAGCCAGCACGACCAUCACGUUUAUCCUCGCUAUGUGUGCCUUUCCUGAGGUGCAGAAGAAGGCUCAGCAAGACAUUGACAGUGUUGUGGGUGACGGCCGCCUGCCGAACUGGGAAGAUGAAGCUCAACUACCGUACAUUCGUGCGUGUGUUGACGAAGCUCUUCGAUGGCGGACCGUCACGAUCCUAGGUGGCAUCCCGCAUGCCCCUUCGCAAGACGACGUGUAUCGCGAUUACCACAUCCCAAAGGGGACGUGGAUUACCGGGAACUUGUGGUCGAUUCAUCGCAACCCUUCCGAGUUUCCCGAGCCAGAUGUCUUCAAACCCGAACGAUUCAUAACCCGGGAACGUCCUUUCCCCAAUAAGAAAGGCCAUAACGCUUUCGGAUGGGGUCGCAGGCAAUGCAGUGGCCAACCACUUGCCGAGCAGGGGCUUUUCUUGACGUUUGCCCGUUUGUUGUGGGCGUUCGAGAUCAGGCCGGGCCUGGACGCCAACGGCAAGGAGAUUCCAGUUGACAUCUUUGCAUACGGAGAAUCAGAGAACAUGAGACCUGAGCCGUUCCGUGCCAGGUUCAUACCUCGAAGCGACCGCCACCGGGAGUUGGUGCUUAGUGAAGCUAAGGUGGCGCGCGAAUAUCUGAAACAAUUUGACGGAGAGACCAAGGUCAAGAUGGAAGCCCUCGAGGCAUGAAUGGAUCUUAGAUAUGCAAGACAUGAUCCUUGGAGUUCUAGGAUAGAUCAUGCUCGAGGCGGUAGACUGGAAGCAAAGCAGUCGAGGGUUAAUCAAAC